AUGGAUAGUUCAAGGUCUCUGAUCUCUCAAUCAUGUUGGCCAUUUCAGUGCUCAUAUAAAUACACAUAUAAUGAUCUUCCAAUCCUAUUCUUCUUACAUCCCAAUAAGAUAUCCGCGGAGAACCACACCCACAAGAAGAUCUACUUCCAAGGGCUGGCAAUCUACACAGGUGUUUACUCUCGGGAAAACCUGCUACAGCUCGUGCUCGGGCCCUUUGGUCUUUCCCUGAAUGCUGCUGUUACGUGGUCCGUCAUCAUCGGCGGGUACUAUCUCUCCCUCUAUGUCGUGGUGGCGCACCUGAUAGUCCAGGUCCUCUCCGCACCUCUUUAUCUUUUCGAUGCUAGCAGCGUAGGAUUCCUCUUCGUCGGUCCCUCCAUCGGUGGCUUCGUCUCGCCUGUCACCAUGGGGCUGAUCUCAGAACCAGUCAUCCGCUUCUGCAUCCGGAAGAACAAUGGCGUUUACGAGCCCGAAUAUCGCCUCCUGUUGUGCCCGAUCGGCCUGUUGAUGGUCGUUGGCUUCAUUCCCGGAGGCCAUGUCGCUCAGAACUACAGCUCUGUCUACCUCGGCGCAUUCCUACACGCCUUGGGUCUGUUCGGCAUCACGUUCGUCCUUUGCCCCGACGCCUAA